AUGAUCAGGGGACGGGCACGGACGGUACUUCUUGUGGUCAUUCUUAUUGGCUCCGUGUUAUAUUUACUGAUCACUGCUUCCGCAUUAUUCACAGCAGUGGGUGAAGUUACCAGCGGUGUUAUUUUGCCAAGACGAAAAUUGGGCAAUAUUUCUCUCUAUUCCCCAUUGAUUUUUAUCGGAGGCAUGCCACGUUCAGGGACAACAUUGAUACGAGCGAUGCUAGACGCUCAUCCGUCUAUUCGAUGGGCACAGUGGAAGAAGAGCGAAAAGGAGUGGAAUCGUCUUAAAGAAGCGGGUGUUAACGAUCAAGUACUCGACGAUGCAAUCACUUCAUUCAUAUUACAAGUAAUAGCAGGACAUGGAGAGCCUGCCGAAAGACUGUGUAAUAAAGAUCCAUUUACGAUGAAAUCAGCGGAAUAUCUUGCGCAUCUUUUCCCGAACAGUAAAUUUCUGCUGAUGAUUCGGGAUGGCCGUGCCACAGUCCACUCAAUUAUAUCGCGUAAAGUAACAAUUUCGGGAUUCGAUCAUAACGAUCCAAGAGACUGUCUGGUCCGAUGGAAUCGUAUUAUUGGUGUUAUGUAUGAGCAGUGUAAAAUGAUUGGCAAGAAAUUAUGUUUAAUGGUUUAUUAUGAGCAGCUGGUGCUUCAUCCCGAGGAGCAGAUGCGUCGGAUCCUAAAUUUCCUGGAUAUCUCAUGGCAUGAUUCGGUGCUGCAUCACGAAAACCAUAUUGGCAAAGGCAUCUCCCUAUCCAAAUAUGAUCCGAAUGCAAAUCCCCCGAAAUAUGGUGAGCCGGAUCCGAUUGUGCUGAGGAAUACGAAUGAGGUGCAUGCAAAUAUCGAGGCAUGGGAGAAGAAAGCGAAGGAAAUGGUGAAUGUUGAACCGACAGAAAAAAAUCUUAUUGUUGUCAAACCCGUAUAG